GAUCCUCUCUGUUUUAGAUGAAAAAGCAGAGAUUCAGAGAGUUUACAUCACUUGCUCCAUAUCAGAGUAAAUAAGUGACGGAGCCGACAUUGGACCCAGGCCAUACUUACCAUCACUGCAUCCUGCUUCCUGUCCUUACAAGGCAAACUAGACGAGUGCCACGUAGAGAGCAGAUAAACUGCAAGUGGAGGAUGGGGGAAGGAGAGAUGACGUCGGCUCAGGCCUGGUGGGGGCAUUCCACUGGAGGCUGCCCUAGGAGCCAGGCCUCCACUUGUGGAAUUUGCUCUUCAUUUUGCAUACAGAGCUAAAGGCAUCUUUUGUGCUAUGGCUCAGCAGUGAGUGACAUCACAGGCACUGCCAGAUCUUUAUCAGUUCCGUCAGAUUAAUAGCUAACUGCACUUGCUCUGGAGGAACCAGCAAGGUGCCGAGUGGCAGAGCACUUGGAUUCUUAAAUAAGCAGUGGCCAUCACCAUGGACACAAGCCUGGAUCCAUCCUUCUUCCCCGGCAAUCACUGGCUGUACUUCUCCGUGUACCUCUUCACCUUCUUGGUGGGGCUCCCGCUCAACCUGGUGGCUCUGGUGAUCUUCGCCCGCAAGCUGCAGCGCCGCCCAGUGGCCGUGGACGUGCUCUUGCUGAACCUGACCCUCUCGGACCUGCUCCUGCUGCUCUUCCUGCCCUUCCGCAUGGUGGAGGCGGCCAGCGGCAUGCACUGGCGGCUGCCCUUCAUUUUCUGCCCCUUAACCAAAUUCCUCUUCUUCACCACCAUCUAUCUCACAUCCCUCUUCCUGACAGCUGUGAGCAUCGAGCGCUACCUGAGCGUGGCCUACCCGCUGUGGUACAAGGCCCGGCCAAGGCUCCGACAGGCUGGCCUGGUCAGUGGGGCCUGCUGGCUCCUGGCCACUGGGCACUGCAGCGUGGUCUUUAUCACCGAAUUCUCAGGAAACUCUUCCCUCAGCACCUGCUACCUGGACUUCCAGAAGGAGCAGCUGGCCAUUCUCCUGCCUGUCCGGCUGGAGAUGGCUGUGGUCCUUUUUGGAAUUCCCCUGCUCAUCACCAGCUACUGCUACAGCUGCCUGGUGUGCACACUCAGGAGGGGAGCCAGCCACCGGCGGAAGAGGGUGGCAGGGCUAGUGGCAGCCACGAUGCUUAACUUCCUCAUCUGCUUUGGGCCCUACAAUAUUUCUCAUGUUGUGGGCUACCUCCAGAAUAAAAGCCCAGUAUGGAGAAAUUACGUGCUACUCCUCAGCACCUUGAAUUCUUGCGUUGAUCCCUUGGUUUACUACUUCUCAUCAUCUGGGUUCCAGGCUGACUUUCAGAGGCUGCUGCAAAGGCUGCCUGGGGUCUGGGGCUUCUGGAGGCAGGAGAGCUGCUUGAAACUGAAGAAGAAUGAAGAGGGGCAACCGCGGGAGCUGUCCAAUGUAGAGAAACAGGUAGUGGACUCUAAGAGGGCUGUGGAGCGGGCGUCAAGUGGCCUGAACUGAAAGACAUCUCAUCACAAGGCAGUUCCCAGCUCAAGUUAGGCGGGACCUGGGAGUGGCAGGCUGGAGACUGAUGCCGUCGAGCAGAGCAGGCACCCAGCCUUCCUAAGGAUGUGCUCGCCAAAGCCCAAUUCUUGAUUUCACCACUCUGCCCUCCCUCCCUCGCUUCCCAUCCCCCCCGCUGUGGAUUAGGCCCAGGAUGUAGUCAAGGUGAGCGCGCGAGGAAAACGAGCUCCCGGGGACAGCAGCCAGCUCCGGUGAAAGAGGAGUUGAGGGCAGUGUCCAGGGCCGAGGGAGCUACCCAGUGGCUUGAGACAAGAGAGAAGAAUCUACCCUUCAGAGCCGCUGACCUGGCAAGUCAGGAGCGGAGGACACAGGAUCCAGGCACGAAGGAGCGUCCUGCUCUCACAUGGACUUUUCCAGAAAGUUUCCAUUGUUCAAUAAAUUCAGAUUUUCAGGGACAUUUAUGAAAAAAAUGACAGAACAAAAAUUACCUGAAUAAAUUUGAUA